UUUACGUUGCCCUCUCAAACACAAUUUCACUUUAUUAUUUUCUCUGACCCUGUAUGCGAUUGGUCCGCUUCAGCUGUUUUUUAUGGUGGGAUACUGUCAAAAGGACUUCUGUUGGAGUUUGUGGGCCAUUCUCAAUGUACGACUGAGCGAUUUCUUAGAUAAUGCGACAGUAAUUAAAGCUGAAAGGCAACUCGGUAAGAGAUAUACAGAGGGAGCUGAAGGAUUUGGGUAUAAUGGCGAAACACAACAGGCGAACUCAACGUUAUGUGUUGGUAUGUGGCUUUAUCCUGGUUCACUGUUUGCCGUUUAUUUCUGGUUAUUCAUUUGUGAACACCCCUCCCCGAGUUAUAAGAAAAUAUCGGGACCUCCCGCCCAACUUGGUAUUCGACUGUAGAACAACUGACCCGACCUCCGUGGCAACACUACUUUACAGGGGACGUGAUGCUUUCAAUCCAGCCCGAAUAUCACAAAAUGGAUCUGUAUUCACCUUUAAGAAUUUCAACGGCAUGCCCCCUGGCUUACACAACUAUGUAUGUAAAUCUACAAACAGCCAAGGACAAGUUAUUCAGUGGAUGACGUUCCUGCAUCUGUUAGUGGGAGUCCAACUUAAGGUGAAUCUAGAUCGUUACAAUCUCGUCAAACGCUCUGGCGAAUCGUUCAACAUAACAUGCGAAGUCACAUCCGCCGGAGUCUCGACACUCAACAUCGAAUGGCAGAAAAGCAUAGGAAGCGCAUUUGUAAGGAUUCCCGCUGACCAUACAUUCGCCAAAAAGAAUGCACUGGUUCUUAUGUUCAAGAAUGCGCCUGCAAUGAAUCAAACUUAUUUCAAGUGCGUCGCUAAGUUGUCGGUUCCAAAAGAUUACAAGAAGGAGCAAGGAACAUACGUGCACAUCCUAGAUCCAGUACCAGCCACCAUAUCACACUUCACAACGGACGACGAAAUAGUGCUCGCCCCAGACACAUCUCAGGACUUUCACUGCGCAGCCACAGGUUUCCCACUGCCUGAAAUUCGCUGGUUCAAAGACGGCAAAGAAUUGCUUACAGAUAACUGCCUGUGGAACUGCAAACACAGGCGCGUGUACGAAAAGCACAAGGCAGGGGUUCAUGACGUCAAUGAGUGCUUGAGAGUGAAUGAUGUUAAGUUCCCGGAUGACGCCGGAGUGUACACGUGUCAGGCGACUAAUGGGGUCGCUGUGUUGCCAUCAACGAGGUCCGUCAGGGCAGUAUUCUUAGUUCCCCCAGUCCUGGAUAAGAGAAUAGGCUCAAUAGUGGUCCAAUCCGAUACCACGCCCACUCUGACCUGCACCAUUCUAUCUGGGUACCCUUUGCCUCGUUUCACCUGGACCAAUCAGCUGGCCGUAUGCGGCCAAGACGCCCAGAAAUGCAAACCACUCGAAAAGUGGCAGGCACUAAUGCCAGGGUCAACCCGACAAAGUCCGCCAUCUCCGGACCCCACCCUUCAGAGUAAUCUUACAGUAUCUGCGAGUGUUUUCUCUGAAUUCUACCGCUGCCAGGCUGGCAAUAACUUGGGCUCAGAUUCCCAUGUGAUACACUUACAGAGAUCAAAAAACAAAAAGCCCUCCAUCUCCAUAAAAUCUCUGCCUGACGUUGACGAGGGUCAGACUUUCUCCCUUCGCUGCAACAUCUUCCUGGGGAAUUUCACGAGCUGGAGACGAGACGGCGUUACGCUGACGCCGACCGAGGACCCCCGGAUCAGCAUUGAUUUUGUAUUGAGUAAUGCUCUGAGCCAGGAGGUGUCACUGAGCGUCGCUAACGCGACUGUGAAUGACUCUGGUGUUUACUCAUGUCACGCGGAUCAGAUGAUAGAAGCGCGGCUUAAGAUGAAUAUCACGAGCAGUGUGACUGUGCAUGCCGUCUACCCUCCUCGCAUCACCAGCUUCAAUAACAUCACCGUCCUUGCGAAUCGCCGAAACAAAACCAACGUUUUGAUCACGUGUUUGGUGAACGCGCAUCCUGAGGCGACUGUCACGUGGUGGGCGGGGUCACUGAAGCUUAACGCCAUCACUGAGCAGAGAACGUGCCGUAACAGCCUAAGGGGGUACUACCUCUUACGAGGGCGUGGCGGGGAUACCCUGGUUAUAUGUGACGCGCUGCAUGAGGCGCACUCGGGCUGGCUGACUUGCACUGCGGAGAACCACAAGGGCACCGAUCAACGCUCUGCUUACCUGGAUAUUCUCGUCUCACCAAGGAUCUCCACACCAAAGAGCCAAAUACUCCGACUCUACCGUGGAACUACGUUGAACCAAACCUGCGUUUCACAAGGGAACCCAGCUCCCGUAAUCCAGUGGUACAAAAUCGAAAUGAAUGGGUCAGUAUCCUUACAGACUAGAGUCAAGGAAGGAAGAUUGCUUAUUGAUGAGAUGCGAGAGGAGGAUUUUGGCAAUUAUUCUUGUGUGGCGACGAAUUCUCGUGGCUCCGAUGCCGUCUACCUAAGCAUAACAGAGCUUGAAUCUGCCGAGCCCCCGUCGGCGGAAAGGCUUGUCCUGGUCCUGGGGGCAAGUAUAGGAGGCGGCAUGGGCUUCCUGUUGAUCCUACUACUGCUCGUCUGUGUAUUGUUCCACAUGCGAAGCAAGAGCAUCAUCGAAGAGUACAAAACAGUCAAGUACCUGAGACAGGCCCACCCAGAUUAUAAGAUUGACCCAGAACGCACCCUUCUGGAGCAGUGUAACGACCUUCCAUAUGACGCCGACUGGGAGUUCCCCGAAAAGCGGCUCAUUCUACAAGAAGUGCUGGGUUCCGGUGCAUUCGGUCAGGUCAUCAAAGCCGAGGCGAUAGGUAUUCUCUCCCUCUCUGCGCGGGACAAGACAUCGGAGGCGUACAAGCGCAGAUCGCGUAUUCGACGCCGGUUGAGUUCCAGUCGACUGUUUGCGGAUUCGCAUGGAAAUCAGUACAGCAGGACUACUGUCGCCGUCAAGAUGCUCAAAGAAAACGCCUCAGAAAGUGACUACAAAGAUCUAGCAUCAGAGCUGAAGAUCAUGAUUCAUCUGGGUGAGCACAAGAACAUUAUCAACCUCCUUGGCGCAUGCACUCGGGGUGAAAACCUCAUGUUGAUUUUGGAGUACGCCAAACACGGCAAUCUGCUUCAAUUCCUGCGCACGCGCAGAGACAUCUACGAACCCACAUGGAAGAAAACGACGUUUAAUCCUAAGACAGAGUUCACGCUAGCAGACCAGGUGGUGGAUGCUUACCAAAUUGCACAAGGAAUGGAUUUUCUGGCGUCCAAAAAGUGUAUACACCGGGAUUUGGCGGCGCGUAAUGUUCUAGUGGACGAGGGAUACGCGCUCAAGAUUGGCGACUUUGGCCUCGCGCGCGAUAUCUACAAGACGGACUUGUACGUCAAAAAGGGAGCUGGGCUACUCCCCGUCAAGUGGAUGGCACCGGAAGCUCUCUUUGAUCGCGAGUACUCCAGCAAGACCGAUGUCUGGGCCUUUGGUGUUGUAUUGUGGGAAAUCCUGACCCUUGGUGGUAGCCCAUAUCCCGGGGUGCCUCUGGAGCAGUUAUUAGACUACAUCAAUGAAGGCAAACGCAUGGCUCAACCACGUGACUGUCCUCCGGAAAUCUACGCUAUUAUGUGCGACUGCUGGUCGCUUGAGCAGGAUCGCAGGCCCACCUUCGCUGAGCUGGUGCGAAGAAUCGAGAGAAUUCUAGAAAAGAAGAUGGUUACGGAGACCGACACAGACGAUGCGGAUGCUUAUAUAAGUGUAUUCGUAGAAAAUGAAGGUCCGAAGAAUUACCUUGAACCCGAUGAUAUGUUCAGCGGUCCUGAAAAAAGGCGGGAACCAAAAGAAACAACUGACGACUCCAAUAGGUAUAGCAUUCUCGAGGCCCCGCUUCCCCCAAUACCACCCCCCUUCCUAGAAGACACGCAAGAUUCCGGCGACGAGUCAGCCUACUGUCAGCCCUGUGAUGAUCCUCGGACGCCCCUAAGAAACCACGUGAGUAAUCACGUGCCUGGUCACGUGAUAAAUAAAGGCAAAACCAGAAGGGCCAGCAUAAACGACUCGCCUUACUCCGAGACCUAUGAUGACCUUCGGACGCCUCUGAAUAACCACGUGUACAAUCACGUGCAUGAUCACGUGUUUGAUGAGGAUAAAACGAGAAGUACUAGCAGUGACAGUUCGGCGGGAAAGGAAAGUGGGAUUGGAAUGGACGACGAUAUGAAGGAAGAUACCGGGCGCGGAUCAAUAGAAUUCGAUGAAAUAGAUGCCACGCGUUACAAGUCACGCUUAUUGUCGUCCAGGGAGUCAGUUGUGUGACAAAUGUGUUAAUUAAGAGGAUGGGAACAGGCCCGUAGCCAGGAUUUUGAGCGGGGGGGUUCGUUUACCCAUUUAGCGGACCACUUUCUCUUAGAUAGCUCGCCCUAGCUUGCAGUGGUAUUCAAUUUUUCUUCAUUAGAGCGGACCUUCCAGUCCAGUGGGGUGGUUCUUCCGAACCCACCGAACCCCCCUGGCUACGGGCCUGGGGAGGUAGCGUUAAGUAGCGUGGUAGUGGAAGCUCGAUAUAGUCGAUAGAACUAUAAUUGUUGUAAACAGUCACUAUUUCAAGAGCGGAAAAAAAAUAUAAGAAAUUAAAUAAUAAUAUUAAUAUAUCGAGGUUCUACUGACUUCGGUAUGGGUAUUACUGGCAGACAACAAAGUUUUGUGUCAGUUUUACUGCAAUCUCGGCAUAGAAGAGAUUUGGUAGAAAGAGUCCUUUAUAAAAAGAUAUCUAUUAACACAGUGUAGAAGAGAGGGGAAUUAUUUAUUUUUGCUCGAUAUUUCAAAACGUUUUAUUGUAUAAUUAUUUCGUUUAUUCUAUUGUAUAUAUGGUUCUCAAAGUUUAAAUCACAAACAGGGAAUGUAAAAAGAAGAUAAGUGAUUCUUUGGAAAAUAAAUUUUAAUAAUGUUUGUA